AUGGAAGAAAGAGACAAUGAUGAAGAAGGAAGCAGAAAAGUAGUCGGAAUUGGAGUCCAAACGUGGCGUGAGUGGUUUCAUUGCAAGAUGAGCAGAUUCUGUCUUAUUGAAUUUGUGAACAACUCUACCCAGGCACCUAUAUCACACAACAUUUACUGGAAGGAGUUAUUGAUGCUUGUGGCUUUUCUUAUUGUUCACAUUGUUAAGGGGAAGCACUAUUGCUAUGGUCACACAUCACAACAAAAGCAAGAUAACUCAAAUGAAUGCCCUAAGAACCAUGAAAUGAAAUUAUAA